AUGGCCGACGAUAUCGAGACCCAGGCUGAGAAGGCUCAACCGGUGACCCCCACUAUCCUAACAUGUUGGCAUCUCAUCUUCGCAACCAUCGCCACCCAGCUUCUCGCCAGGACAACCACCCUCCUCGAUGGCCGCAAGAACGUCAAGAUGACGGGCCGCCUCUACCUGCGCGCCAUCGUCCCCAUCGGCUUCCUCUUCAGCGGCAGUCUCGUCUGCAGCAACAUCGUCUACCUCUACCUCAGCGUCGCCUUCAUCCAGAUGCUCAAGGCCGCCGCGCCCGUUGCCGUCCUGCUGACCGCCUGGGUCUGGGGCGUUGAGCAGCCGUCGCAGUCGAAGCUGAUCAACGUGCUGUUAAUCGUCUUUGGUGUCGGACUUGCCAGCUUCGGCGAGAUCGCUUUCUCGCUCAAGGGUUUCCUCUACCAGCUCGGUGGAAUCGUGUUCGAGGCCAUGCGCCUCAUCAUGAUCCAGGUUCUGCUUAAGGGCGACGGCCAGAAGAUGGACCCGCUCGUUAGUCUGUACUACUUUGCGCCCGUCUGCGCUUCCAUGAAUUUUCUGGUUGCGCUGGUCACUGAGGUCCCCUCCUUCCGUAUUGCCGACCUUUACAACACGGGCCUUUGGUGUCUCCUCUUGAACGCUGUGGUGGCGUUCAUGUUGAAUAUCAGCAGUGUCUGCCUUAUCGGCAAAACCUCCGGCCUAGUAAUGACCCUCACCGGCAUCCUCAAGAACAUCCUCCUCGUCGGCGCCUCCGUCAUGAUCUGGCAGACCUCCAUCACCCCGCUGCAGUUCCUCGGCUACGCCAUCGCGCUCGCCGGACUCGUCUACUACUCCCUCGGCCGCGACCAGAUCGUCGAGAUCGCCACCCAGCUGUGGACCUUCCUUCGCAACGUAUGGGAGAACUCGCCAGUUUAUUCGUCUGUCUCUUCGUCAUCAGAAGAAGGAAAUGGUCAACAAGGACAAGGAGGAGGCUUGCCGUCGGCGGUUCGAAGAGCGCUGUUAAUGGGACUAGGCGUUAUGAUUGUCGUCAUCUUGGCGGCUGGGUAUAUCUAUAGCGGGGUUGACCCAAGUGGUGGCGAUGGUGGUGCGGUGGGUGUCGCCAGGCCGCUUGGGGGUGGUGGGGACGCGAGUGGUGUUAAGCCUCCUGUCCAGGUGGCUUCAUGA